GUCUUAACACAGAAGGAGGGUUCAAACUCUACUACUCUCCUCGCUCCUGUUGUCUCCUCCUAUUCUCAGUGAGUUGGAGGUGUGUUGGCAGCUUGAGUGGAACAGAAAGUCGGAGCUGCAGCGAAGUGAGAGCAGCAGAGAAACGAGCUACACAGGUCACUCUUCAGUCUCCGUGUGAGUCAACAGCCUCAACAUGACCUCUGAUCCCAGAAGCCUACGAGCUCCUGCUCGAUCCAGGAGUCUCUUCAACAGCAUCAAGUUCUUUGUGUUUUGCCACAGUUUGCUGCAGCUGGCCCAGCUUUUGGUGUCGGGCUACAUGAAGAGCUCCAUCUCCACCAUCGAGAGGCGCUAUGGCCUAUCCAGCCAGAAGUCUGGGCUCCUGGCCUCCUUCAACGAGGUGGGAAACACCAUCCUCAUCAUCUUUGUGAGCUUCUUUGGGAGUCGAGUCCAUCGGCCACGGUACAUCGGUGCUGGAGCUCUGCUCGCUUGCCUGGCCUCUCUGCUGAUGGGGGUAACGCACUUCAUGAGUGAACCGUACCACUACACGAAGAGAAUCAUCGCCUCCAAUGAAAAAAGUGCCAACCUCUGCCAAUCAGAAAGCUCAGUCACCACCUCAUCCUACAAUCAGACCUGCCUGAAACAGGAGACCCCUGCCCAGCAGGGGAUCUACCCCAUGCUGCUCCUGGGUCAGCUGCUGUUGGGCGUCGGAGCUGUCCCCAUCCAGCCCUUUGGCAUCUCCUACAUCGACGACUACGCAAGCAAAAGGAAUUCCCCGCUCUACCUCGGCAUCCUCCUUGCUAUGACCUCAAUUGGCCCGGCCUUCGGAUUCAUCACUGGGGCCCUCAUGCUACGCUUCUAUGUUGACUUUGACAAGGUACCCAAAGAGGAGAUCGAGUUGGACACUAAAGACCUGCGCUGGGUGGGAGCAUGGUGGCUUGGCUUCCUGGUAGCCUCGUGCCUCCUCUUUCUCACUGCACUACCUUACCUCUUCUUCCCCAGAAACAUGCCCAAAGAGGAAGAUCCAGAAGACAUUGACCCCGAACCAGAAAGUAAGGAGCAGCAGCAGCAGACAGACACACGACAGGAACCUACCCUCAUUCAGUUCCUCAAAAGUUUUCCUAAAAUCGCUCUGCGAACGCUGCGAAAUCCCAUCUACCUGCUGGUGGUUCUGGCUCUGGUGAACUUGUCAGCUCUGCUGUCCGGCCUCGCCACCUUUAUGGCCAAGUUCAUUGAGAAACAGUUCAGCCAGAGUGCCUCUUUCUCCACCAUGAUGAUAGGAGGAGUCGGGAUCCCAAUGGCGGUACUGGGGACCGUCCUGGGUGGAGCUCUGAUGCGACGGUUCAAUCUUUCAGUCAAUGGCGCCAGCAAAUUGUGCACAAUAGCCAUCCUUCUCUGCAUUCUGACUGCCCUACCAAUGCUGUUCCUCGGCUGUCCCACACAGAACAUUGCUGGGGUCUCUAACAACAGCUAUGAUUUGUUGCAGUGCAGUUCUAACUGUCACUGUUCUGAGGAGGCGUUUAACCCGGUCUGUGGUUCAGACGGCAUGGAGUUCAGGUCUCCUUGCCAUGCUGGCUGUCAAUCUGUAGAAACAGACAACUUCAGCAAAGUCGUGAAAUACACUGACUGCCGGUGUGUCGGUGGUCUCAGCUUCGCCUUACCUCGGAGCUGUGGCAGUGGGUGUGAGCAUCUCCUCCUACCCUUCGUGGUUCUGCUGGGUCUCACUGCCUUCAUCGCCGCCUUUUCCCAGACACCAUCAUGCAUGAUGAUACUCAGGGAGGUACCUCCAGAGGAUAAGUCUUUCGCAGUGGGAGUUCAGUACAUGCUGUUCAGAGUACUCGCAUUCAUGCCCGGUCCAGUGUUGUACGGCAGUGUCAUCGACACCACCUGCAUCUUAUGGGGCAAGAAAUGUGGCAAGCAGACCUCCUGUCAAUACUACAACUUAGAGCGCUUCAGAAGCAGGUUUCUGGGACUGCAGGUGGUCUUUGUGUGUGGAGGGUUGCUCUGCUACCUGCUGACAAUCGUCGUCCUGCGGAAAAGAGACAGGUAUCAGGAAAGUGAUUACCAGAUGGUGAAUCAGAAAAUAUCAGAGAAUGGCAAAGAAAAAGAACUGAUAACAUGAAGUGGAUUCUGAGAAAACACUUUUCACUGAAACUGCAUAGGUAGCUUUUUUCUAUGCUGGUUGAAAGGACACUGCCACUAAGCAGUGAAUUACUCGGUGUGGUGGAUGCUUCACUUAUAACGGAGCAAUGUGCUUGCAUUAUAAGGCAAAAAUAAUUUUUUUAUCACUGUUUUGUUUAUACAUCAUGGCUAACAUUUCAGAAUGGUUUUCUUGUUUUUAGAUAGAACUUCUUAAUGUGACUGACAGUGUAUACUUAUGUAAAGUUUCACUUACGAUGUUUAGUUUUUGGCCAUUGAGCAGUAUAUCAGUCCCAAACUGCGUGCCAAAACUAAUAACCUGAGUAACACGGGACUCUGUUUUUCAAGAUUUUUUUUUAUUUGUCUUUGAUGAAGUCAUAAACUACAUAAAAAGGUCGCCCUAACUACUGUGACGUCACCGAUGACAUUUUGACUAUCCAACUUUAGUGUUUUGGCCUCCCCCUUGUUGGGUUUUUGUAGCCAGAAGUGAGGAUGCACAUAAUAUAUGCAAUCAUAUACUUAAGCACAUCUAUAUAUAUAGGUAAAUGAUCAAAAUAUAAUGUUUUCUUGCUAUAGAAAUUUAGUUAAAGUAACACUUGCCUGGCAUGGAAAUAAGGAAAAAAUAUCACGUUAUAGGGAGACACAUGAGUUGCCAUUGGCAACAUGUAACAAUAUGUUUAGCACUACACUGUGGGACACCACUGUACCAAAUUCCACUCCUUCUGCAUGUAUAAUAUUUCCUGUUUUGAGAUGACUUAUCUAAUCAAACCCAUAAAUCUUUACCAAUAUGUCAAAGAACUGUUAGUUCCAAGCAGAAAUUUUCCAUGUUAGCAUAAGGUCAGACAGGAAGCUCAUAAUUUGUAGUUUUAGAUAUAGCAAGACUGCAGUGCGGAAUGAAGAUCAUCUGGAUUUAGUCAGCGUCCUUUCACUAAGAGAAAGAGAAUGUUCAUGUUAAUGUUCACAUUAAUGUGAACAUCAGUUUCCAGUUUCUUCACACAUGUCACUGCUUAACAAACACUUAGCGAGUAGCUGCAGAGUGUUUGCAAACAAGUCGGCACCUUUCAUAGAAAUUUCAUACAACCCUUGCUACUGCAACGAACGUUUUACUACAGCACACUACACCUGUUUGUGAAAAAUUUCACUGACUGCUAGCAAACUCCAGCAAUGAAUCACAGCCAAACGGUGGUUGCCAGGCAGUUGACAAGCAGUCUUUAGGCCUGUGGGGCUGGGGUGAAGUAAGUUACUGACACCCUCAGGUGCUGCUUAAAAAUACUCACAUUGUAAAAGUAGACCUUUGCAGUAUAUGUGCACCUGCCUGAUAUACAAAAAAUUGUCUCGCAAACACAUGCUUUAUUUAACCAUUAAGAACACAGCCUUGGUUUAAAUAGUGGCUUACAAAAAGCAAAGGCAUAACAAGGAAAAUUAAACACUAAAAGCACAGCAGACUUCCAAAGACAUGUUAAUAGACCCACUGGUAAAAUGGUGCCUCUGGUGGUGGAAGGCUUAGUUACAUUUUUUAGAUGUAAUUAUCAAAAGUACCUGUACCUGUAAACUCUCUAAUAAUGAGCUCAGUGUACUCACAGUGAUCCCUGUGACUCUAACGCCCAGGCUGUACACUGCUCUAAAUACUCACUUUAUUACAGUUUUUUCUACUCUUGUAUCUGUGUGACAUCGCCAUUAGGCGAUAUCCCUAACAUGGUCAUCUCAGGCACUUAAGCUCCGCCUACCUGCUAGUCAAACUUUCUGUUUACAAGGAGCAGUUGAAGCUGUCUUAAAGGGGGAGGAGCUAAAACAGCUCAGUAAGGUGGCUGCACGACAACCGAGUAUGAGACAACGAAAGUUUAUUUUGAACUGUGAAUCGUGCACACAAUUGGAAUAUAGUUGUUACCUCUGACAGAUCAAUGCGAUUGUGGUCUUAAAGAUAAUACAUCUGCAAAAGCAUCACUAUAGGAACAAGUUUCAGGUGUGAAAAAUGUGGUCAUUAUAUCAUUUCCUGUACAUCAGUUAAAUUACAUCCAGCACAGAUUCCUUUAAAUCUCAUGUUCACUUUUACUUUCACAUUUAAAUGUGUCAAAAGAAUUCUUAUUUCAACAUCACACUAAUGAGGAAGCCAACAGCUUUCAUCACUGAAUAUUUUUAGUGUACCAUCAUUUUCACUGGAAAUGAAAUAAAAGAGAAACAUCCCAGUGUACAGUGGAUGUAUUUAUGCUGUGAUCUUGAAGAGAGAAAGCAGCUAGGCCAGCUUGUUUCAGACAGAGGGUGGACUGAGGGCUGAACCAGAGCCCAGGAUGAGGUAAAUAACAAUUAUUGCCAACUGUGAACCAUGCAAUGCUACUCUAGUGGAGCUCAAGAAAAAAAAUAUGGAGCUAUAUUGAGCAGAAAAGGUUUUCUAUAUGGGGGAACUACAACUUUACCAGAACACUGUGACAGGAUUCUGAAGUCACGAAAAGACUUCAAAGAGAUUAAAGAAGGGAAACUAAAAAAGAGAGAAGGAUGGCAAACAAACAGAAAGUACAAAAAGGCACCACAACACUCUUUUUAUAUGAAAAUGUGAAUUCAUGAACUUAAUUCUUCCGGCACAAACAGAUCCCGUGGACAUUUUCCGAGUUUUGAUGAAUUUAAUCCAGCGAGAUGUCUUCAGUGUUUUGUCACUUUUUUAUAAACUGUUUUCUACAAGUUUGAUAAAAUUAUAUUGUGCUGAAUGUUUAAGUGUUUGUAUGAUAACCUUUCAUACUCGAAACGCUGUUCUGUAAAUAUUUAUAUCCAAUUGAACAGUGAAUAAAGGACACCAGCUUUAUAAAAAAUAUAUGAAAUAUUUAGAAUAAAGUGGAGCAGUAUCACUAAAGCACUAAUCGAAAUGUGAUGGACAACAUAUCAUAAAAUAUCAUCAAAAUUCAUAAUUUUUUUUGUAUGUUUUUAAAUAAAACUAAUUGACACAUUUAA